GCCAACCUCACCGAAAGCUUCUUGGUCAAUGUCCCAGUGGCAAACUUGGAGGUGCAGCUGUUUGGAGAAACGCUGUGGCACUCCUCAGUAGAGCUGCUAAGAUGGCGGACGACGUGGUUUGCGGAGGGAGAUCGCCUACAGCCACAUCUGUUUGCUCGGCUCUGCGUGGCCGCGCCUUCCUCAUCCAGACCUUGGCGAUCCGACGAGGUGGCAGCUUGCGAAGCCUUCGGAGACGUCGCACAGUACCUACCCAGGUCUGCGCUAUCAGCGGACAGCCUUGUGGAAAUUGUGCUGCGGAGCCGGGUGGAUCCCUACGUGGUCGCCAGUCAUCUUACACGAGGGUGUUCCAAUUGCCACGGUCGGCCUUACGGGAAGAGUCUGGACG